CAAAUCUUAGAGAACAAAUACCUGCAUGUACAUAUCCUUUCAAAAAAAAACAUGUACAUAUAUAUAACUAUAUAAAGCACUCUUUGUUCAUUAAUUUCCGAGCUAAGUACUAUAUACGUAGUAAUAGCUAGAUAUUGAGCAAUUAAAAAUGGAUGAGAACUCAAGAAAGCAAAUCUCUAAUGAAGUUCACUCCAAUGAAGCUCAAAGGAAGCCGAGCAAAUACGAGAUGGUUCAUUUUGAAGGUGGCGGGAGGAGGAACUUCACCCGGCUCUACCCUCACAUAGACGGCUCAGAUAGGUACUUGGUGACAACCGAAAGGGUGGUUCGGGUCAUCAGAUCCGAAUCACCCGAAAUUAAACGGUCGUCAGCUCCUACCCCGCUCCGGGAGGACGUUGAUGACGAGAGCCUCAAGACGGUAAAAAAGUUCUAUGACCAAUUCGGUUGGGAACAAGACGAAUACCGCCAGCCAAAACCCGCGGCCAUUACAAAUGUGCCGCCGCCAGCGGCUAAACCCGCCGCCGCCGCUCGGCCCACCCCGAGCAGUGAUCCUGUCACAGGAAGACCGAGAAAGCCACUACUGAGCGAUGGAUGGCAGAAGAGAUAUCCGAAACCGACGGACGAGCCAAUCAUUACCCCGAAAGAGGAUGAUGCUGAUUAUGUGGUGGCUAAGCUAAUGGAGGAGUUUAAUAAGCAAAUGGGCAGCGGGUUUAUUAGCUAUAGUAGAGAGAUGAUCCCUAACCCUAACCCUAACCCUCCUCCCCAAGAAAUGGUGAGGUACUACAAGCAAGCUGUGUCAAGUGGUUCGUGGAGUAGUCAACGGAAGCCUCCCGUCAUAAUGGACAACAAUCAGGCUCUAACUAAGUUCGCCGGUGCCUACAUGGAAUCCGAUUAUAUGUGAUGGAUUUAAACUAAGCUUAAUUUCUAAUUUGAAGUUUUACUUGAAAAUGUAACUAGCUAGACGCCCAUAUGUGUUUGUGACGUAUGUGUAAGUAUUAUCACCUAGAUAAAUCCACCCUAAGGUUACUUAGGAAGUUGUGAUGACUGUAUGAUGACUUUAUCAAAUAAAAAGUAACAUGUGUGAUAGUAAAAAGUAGUUGAAAAUUAAACUUGUUUCUAU